AAGUUCUAAGGGAUUCAUGUUAAUUACCUGGAGUAAGCCUCAAUAACAUGUAAGGGCCAGUCAGUGUCAAAGCUUGAUCCCCGCCACCAAAAUUCCCAUCCCAGACCUGAGGCCCAGCUACGGAGUAGUCCCACGCUGUGGCAGGGAAGCCAGUCAAGGUUAAGAUAGAGUAGCAGUAGCACUAGGCGCCUAACCCUCCGCUGGAUUUCCGUCACACCAUCGACACCAGCGCCAAACUAUCGUCGAUCGCAACCUGAUUUCAAUCUCUUUUUGGAAUUAAUUGCCUUUACAUAUUCAUGGUCGGAAUGACCGCACACUUUCGAAUUUUCGCCAAAACCUUUCCUGCCAUGAUACUGUCAAGAUUGAGCGGGUAGCUUCUCUUUCGAGCAAGCACAACAAACAGCGAGUCGAAAAAUAAACGGCGAGCCGCAACGUCGAGUAAUCGCUUCCCCCAACAAAUCGUCUUGCGAACUGGUUCGUCCCGCCAAUCCCGCGCGCGGCGCCUGCGGUCAACCUCACCACGCAAAGCAAGGCAACCAACGCCACGCGGGUUGGAAGGAUGCCCGACGUGAAGCAAGUACGGACUUUACCACCAUGGAUUGAAUCUUAUAACUCUCGACUCGGUGCACCUUCUGAGGAGCACAUCAGUCCGCUCGAACCUCAAUUGCCACUGCCAACCAUACUGCCGCAGCACAACAGUCAACCGAACGAACCGCAGAGGGUGACGACGCAUAGCAGUGGGAGCAGUAGCCAGAAGGCCCGGUCAAAUAAUCGCCAACAGCAGUCGCCUGACGGGUAUUUGGACUCAUCGACCGAGAAGCUUCCGCUGAAGAAUCGUCGACCGCGAAACUUAUCCCAGUUUAUUACGGGCAAGGGGCCGAGCAAGUGGGAUCAUCUGCGGUCGGCGGAUCCGGUAAUUGUCCCCAACCGAGCACCGCAGCUGCAGCAGACAUGGCGCGACUUUGUAACCUCGUCCAGUUACGCUGCUCACAGACCGAACGAGCACUCGGAAAUCGUUGACGACGCGGACCUGGAAAAACUACAGCCCGGGCUUAACGAUCCAAUCUGUCUGCCUAGCUCGGCUGGUGGUGACACGGCGCACAAGUCUUCUACCAGGACCAAGGCACGGCGGGCAACCCCAUUUCUGGAGCGAUUGAUACUCGUGCCGGUGCGCCACCCCCUGGGACCAUUGUUCUGCCGCCUUAUGGUGCUUUCAACCUCGGUGAUCGCUUUGGCACUGGCUGCCACGAUUCAAAGGAGAAUAUCAGAAGAUUCCGGGGACCCGAACGUCGGUCAGGAGGAGCGCGGUCAGGCCAUCUUUGCCAUUGCUGUUGAUACAGUCGCAAUCCCUUAUAUCGGCUAUAUCACGUGGGACGACAACAUGGGCAGACCGCUCGGCUUGCGUCCACCCAAAGAGCGUGUCAAGCUGAUCCUUAUGGACCUUUUCUUUAUCAUGUUCAAGGCCGCCAGCACCGGCCUGGCGUUUGAGACGCUCAUCUUUAGCAAGGUGUCUUGGACGAUCUCUCUCAUUCGGGCAUUGGCGGCGUUUGAACUGAUCGGUCUUGUAUCGUGGGGCAUGACGCUGAUUGCAAACGUUUUCAGGGUCGUGGAGCGACUUGGUGGAUGAUGGAAUCGUGUCCUAGGAGGGUGCUCCCUCGUCCCCUGGGAUGAGCCGCGUUCAGAGUUGGAUCGUGGCCCGAGAACGAGAUCCAUCGUUCCCUUGAAACAAGAUGAGUGUAUUGGACUGACUCAUCACAAAAGACGAGGACUCGGCCCUUUGACAAGCCCCACCCCAAUAUAUACGAUGAUCACCAGCCCUCCCCCCCCCCCCCCCUUUUUUUUUGUAUCUCUGUGUUUGU